CACGUUCCAGGGUGCGCAGGGCAUGAAGCCCGCGGCGCUGGAGACGCGGCCACCCCCGCGCUCACCCGGGCUCCGCUGGGCGCUGCUGCCGCUGCUGCUAUUGCUACGCCUGGGCCAGGUCCUGUGCACAGGUGCAGGUGCGGCUCCGAGCCCUGUGUUUGGCAUUGAAGCUGUUUCCAGUCCAACCAGCGUGGAAUUAACAUGGAAGCACAACGAUUCAGCGGUUUCAGAGUACACUUACAGAAUAGAGAAUAAGAUGGAAAAGAAUCUGACGUUUACUACUGAUAAAAACCCAACGUCAUAUAACAUCACAGGCUUAAGUCCAGCUACUUCCUAUACAUUCUCCAUCACUCCAGUAGCAGCCAAUCAGACCUUUGGAGACCCCACGGACAAAAAUGUCACAACAGAACCUUUGCCGGUGACUGAUCUCCGAGUUGCCUUCAUGGGUGUGACGCAGGCCCUUCUCACCUGGAGCAACACAAGUGGCUCUGCCUCCUACCGGAUGCUUCUUAAAAGCUUUGGAAACUCCCCAGAGUUGACUCCAUAUCCAUCCAUCAAUAUUUCAAUAUAUGGGCUGGGGGCCCAUAGUUUCUGUCCUUUCCCAGAAUCAAAGGAGACACAGAAUGACUUACAGGUUACAGAAGAUACCAAUGGUAGCGAGAGAAGCCCCGUGGCCAACCUAUCCCAACUCCACAGGAGCUUUCUCGACUCCGUAGACCCACCUUCUGUUCAGGGUCCCUCCCUCCUAGAGGUCUUGCUCACCGGGCUAAGGCCGGAUACUGACUACAGGGCCGUCGUUUAUUCUCAAGCAGCAGAUGGCACAGAAGGACAGCCUGGGAAUGAAGAAGUGUUUACAACAAAUUCCAGCCAGGUUUUUGACAUCAGAGCUGUGAACAUCAGUGCCACAAAUAUGACCCUGACCUGGAAGAUCAAGUAUAAUGAUGGGUUAUCUUUUCCUUACACCUACAAGAUACAUGUGGCUGGGGAGACUAAUUCUCUCAAUCAAACUGUCAACAAGACUGAGGCUGUCAUCCAUGGACUCAGCUCGAGCACCUUAUACAACAUCACAGUACGUCCUUUCCUCGGUCACAUCGAGGGCACACCAGGCUUCCUCCAAGUAUAUACUUCCCCUGGUCCGGUUUCUGACUUCCAAGUGACAAAUGUCAGCAUAAGGGAAAUUGGUUUGACUUGGAGAAGCAAAGACUCACAGUCAUUUAGGAUCCUUACCAUGCAGGAGGGAGGUGAGAAGAUUGAAAAUUAUACAACUGGAAAUAGCUUUACCAUUGAAAAAUUAAAGCCUGGAACCACUUAUCAUUUUGAAAUAUUUCCACGAGGACCAGAUGGGACUGAAGGGCCAUCCAGAACAGUUGGUGUCAGAACUGACCGCAGUGCUGUGAUCGACAUCCGAGUGAUCAGUGUUGGCACCAGUGAGAUGCAGCUGGAGUGGGGGAACACAGACGGUACUUCUGGGUAUAACUACCACAUAGUUCUGGUGUCUGAACACAGCCCCCACGAGACCAACAAGACCACCGUUUCUCAGAAAGCCGUCACACUAAAGGGCCUCACCCCAGGCACCUUAUAUAAUGUCACAAUCUCUCCAGAAUUGGAGAAGGUCCAAGGUGACUCCAGCUCUAUUGCCCAGUACACACGGCCCAGCAAUGUGUCUGACAUUGAAGUAAGCACCAACGCCACUGUGGCAGUCAUCUGGUGGAAGUAUCUGGACCCAGCCCCUGCUAAGUUUUCCUACUGCCUUAUCUUGAAGGCUGGAGAUGACAGCAAUGUAACUAAGAUGGUCAUACACACUGGAAUCACUUCUGUGACAAUCGCUGACUUAAUCCCUGGCUCCUCUUACGAAGUGGAGAUCUUUGCAAAAGUUGGGAAUGUUACAGCAUCACCUGGCCGGAGGUUGUUCUGUAUGGAACCUGCACCAGUGGCCUUCUUCCACUGUGAGAUGGUCCCUAAGGAGCCAUUUCUGGUCCUGAAGUGGCCCUGCCCCCCUGGCGUGAAUAAAGGCUUCAAGAUAGGGGUCAGGAAUGACACUUGGAACUAUACGGCACUCCUGGAAAAUUGCACUUCAGAAAAUGACACAGAAUGCAAGAAAAAAGUACCAGAUUUGACGUUUUCUACCUCGUACAACAUUAGCAUUGUCACCUUGUCUUGUGAAAAGAUGGCACUCCCCACCCAGAGCACCUGCACCACUAGCAUCACAGACCCACCUCCUCCAGAUGAAUCCCCUAAUAUUACAUCUGUCAGUCACAAUUCAGUAAAAGUUAAGUUCAGUGGUUUUGACGCCAGCCAUGGACCUAUCAAAGCCUAUGCUGUCAUUCUCACCACUGCAGAAGCUGGCCAGCCUUCUGCAGAUGUUUUGAAGUACACAUAUGGAGAUUUCAAAAAGGGGGCCUCAGAUACUUAUGUGACAUAUCUCAUAAGAGUAGAAGAGAAGGGACGCUCUCUGGGCUUGUCUGAUGUCUUGAAAUAUGAAAUCAAUGUGGGGAACCAAUCCACCACCUUCGGCUAUUACAACGGAAGGCUGGAGCCUCUGGGUUCCUACCGGGUGUGUGUUGCUGGCUUCACCAAUAUUACUUACAACCUUCAGAAUGGUGGACUCAUCAAUGGGAAUGAGAGCUAUGUUUCUUUCAGUCAAUAUUCGGAUGCUGUGUUCCUGCCUCAAGAUCCAGGUGUCAUCUGUGGAGCAGUGUUCGGGUGUAUCCUUGGUGCCCUGGCCAUUGUGGCUGUAGGGGGCUUCAUCUUCUGGAGAAAGAAAAGGAAAGAUGCCAAGAAUAAUGAAGUGUCAUUUUCUCAAAUUAAACCUAAAAAAUCCAAGUUAAUUCGAGUGGAGAAUUUUGAGGCCUACUUUAAGAAACAGCAAGCUGACUCCAACUGUGGGUUUGCAGAGGAAUACGAGGAUCUGAAGCUGAUUGGAGUAAGUCUACCUAAAUACACAGCUGAGGUAGCUGAGAACAGGGGGAAGAAUCGCUAUAACAAUGUCCUGCCUUAUGAUAUUUCCCGAGUCAGACUUUCAGUGCAGACCCAUUCGACGGAUGACUACAUCAAUGCCAACUAUGUGCCUGGCUAUCAUUCCAAGAAAGAUUUCAUUGCCACACAAGGACCUUUACCCAACACUUUGAAAGAUUUUUGGCGUAUGGUUUGGGAGAAAAACAUAUAUGCCAUUGUUAUGUUGACCAAAUGUGUGGAACAAGGAAGGACCAAAUGUGAAGAAUACUGGCCUUCCAAGCAGGCUCAGGACUAUGGGGACAUAACUGUGGCAAUGACCUCAGAGGUUGUUCUUCCGGAAUGGACCGUCAGAGAUUUCGUGGUAAAAAAUAUGCAGACAAGUGAGAGUCAUCCUAUGCGACAGUUCCAUUUCACCUCCUGGCCUGACCAUGGUGUUCCUGACACCACUGACCUGCUCAUCAACUUUCGUUACUUGGUCCGAGACUACAUGAAGCAGAUUCCUCCUGAAUCACCAAUCCUGGUGCACUGCAGUGCUGGAGUCGGAAGGACGGGCACGUUCAUUGCUAUCGAUCGUCUGAUCUAUCAGAUAGAGAAUGAGAACACCGUGGAUGUGUAUGGUAUUGUCUAUGAUCUUCGGAUGCACAGGCCUCUGAUGGUACAGACAGAGGACCAGUAUGUGUUCCUCAAUCAGUGUGUUUUGGAUAUUAUCAGAGCCCAGAAAGACUCAAAAGUUGAUCUCAUCUAUCAGAACACAACAGCAAUGACAAUCUAUGAAAACCUCGAGCCAGUGAGCAUGUUUGGAAAGACUAACGGUUACAUCGCCUAGUUCCAAAGCAAACCCUUUCUGAAGUUAACCAGACCGUCACACCCACAGUGAAGGAAAAUGCCCUGAUGUGGACAUGUAUUUAUAUGUCUCAUUUCUCAGUUCUUUGUUCUGUUCUGUUAGAACUAACUACCUUGGAGGGCAUGAGGCUGUGUGUGUAAAACAUGGCAGACAGGGAGUUAGGGCUGUCAGGGGCUGUGGGACAGGUGAUACAUCAAUCAGCUGCAUUCCUGAUUAUCCAUGGGUUGGGUUCACUUUUUUCCCCUUGA